CACAGCCUGUUCUGAGCUCAGAAUAACGCAAGAGAGUACACUGAGAGAGACACACACAGCCUUUUUCCGUUCACUGCAAAAUCACCGAUCGCGCUUGGAUUAUAACUAUGACUCUGGAAGAGAUCCGCGGACAAGAGAACACAAUGGAAAACACUGAUAGGGUGCAAAGUGCAGGCGCAGCCCUGGAAGAGCUGCUGGUCGCUGCUAAGAAGCAGGACUACCUGACAGUUGGAGUUUAUGAAUCUGCCAAAGUCAUGAAUGUUGACCCAGACAGCGUGGCGUUCUGCGUCCUCGCCACCGAUGAGGAGUACGAGUGUGACAUCGCUCUUCAGAUCCAUUUCACUCUCAUCCAAGCUUUCUGCUUCGACAACGACAUCAACGUGGUGCGAGUCAAUGACAUAGAGCGCCUGGCUGACCUCGUGGGUGCAGACGAAACCGGCGAGCCCAAGGACGCGCACUGCAUUCUUGUCACGAGUCCCAGUGCAAACCCAUGGAAAGACCCUGCUCUGGACAAACUGAGUCUGUUCUGUGAGGAGAGCCGCAGUGUGUACGACUGGGUGCCUACCAUCACACUUCCAGAGCGCUGAAGUGACAUUCCACUGCAACUAUGCUUCACAUGAUGAUGAUGAAGAUGAUGAAAAGAAAGUCAAGGAGCUGAGCUUCAGCUUGGGGGGGUGUCAAAGCCUUUCAGCCUCACAUGUCAUGGAUUAAGAGGCUGUGGCUGCAACCCGCUGCAAGAGCACGAUGUCUUGGUGCAUUCUGGGUCAGCACGUUGGUUCUGGAUUACCCUGGGGAAGGGUUCAAGUUCAAAGGGUCAAGUGUGGACUGGGUCCGGUGUAGGUGGAGUGGACAGACUGAUGGACACUGAGAAGGAUUUUGGACUGUACUGCAAAGUGCAUGAAAAGAUGAUGAUGAUGUUUUGACCCA